CAAGAGCUGCGGGGCUUCCUCUUCUGCACCCGUACAAGGACCCGAACGGGGAAUUCAGCCACGGGGUCAACUUUGCUGUGGCGGGGUCCACGGCCUUACGGUCCGACACACUGGCUGCCAUGCGUGUAUUCUCGCGGGGAACAAGGAGCUCUCUCGACGUCCAGUUGGGCUGGCUGUCGACAUAUCUCAACUCGACAUGCACUGAUCAUAAAGAUUGUGUGGAGAAAGUCCAGAACGCGCUCUUCAUGGUCGGUGAAAUCGGGGGCAACGACUACAAUUUCGCGACAUUUCAGGCGAAGAAGUCGAUGGACGAGCUGAGGCACAUGGUGCCUCGGGUGGUCGAAGCCAUUCUCAAUGGUGUUAGGGUAAGUCGGAUCGUCCUAAUUAAUGAAUAUGAACAAAUUGAUGUAUUUUAG